AUGUCGGACGGAGGUAGGCCAUUGCCGAAAUUCGGGGAAUGGGAUGUUAAUGAUCCUGCUUCAGCCGAGGGAUUUACUGUGAUCUUUAACAAGGCUAGGGAUGAGAAGAAAACCGGUGGGAAACCCGAUUCGCCAGGAGGAAAGGGCGAUUCUCAUACUAAGGCUCCAAUGGAGCAUGGAAAGCCUCCUGGUAAGAAAUGGUUCUGCUGCAUCCAAAGUUCAGCCGCGGAAGCUUGA